AUGGACAUGGAGGAGAACAUAGAGAAUCAUCAUGAAGAGGAGACACAUAACCAUGCUAGGGAAGAUAGACUCUCCAGGAUUGAGAAUCUGCUUGAAGGCAUAUGCAAGGAAGUUCAGGACAACAGAGUGUUCAAGGAUGAAGUACGAGGUAAUAUAAAGAAUCAGGGAGACACCAUCAAGAGGCUCGAAUCUCAAGUAGGAUAUCUCUCUCAGCAGAUUCCUAAGCCCACCGAUGGCUUCCCAAGUGAUACUAAGAAGAAUCCCAGAGGAGAGACAAAGAAGGCAAGAUGGGAAGAAUGCAAAGUGAUCACCAUAAAAGAUGAUGAGAGUUUGGAAGAAGUGAACAAACCACUAGGGUACCCUCAAGGCACUCCAAAAGAGAAUCCAAAAGAGAAGGGCCAAGAAAGUAAUUCUACACAAGGGAGGGAGCCAAGGGAGAAGGAGAUUUUGAAACCAUAUAUACCCAGGGUUCCAUUCCCCCAGAGACUCAGGGGUGGUACAAAGGAAAAAUCGUACUCAAGGUUCCUAGACAUGUUUGCAUCUCUUCAUGUAAACAUACCAUUCAUCGAGACUCUCCAACAGAUGCCUUCAUAUAUCAAAUACAUGAAAGAGUUACUGACUAAGAAGAAUUUACUGAAAGGUGGACAAAUAAUAGUGAUGAACAAGGAGUGCAGUACUCUCAUCCAAAAGGAUUUGCCUACAAAGAGGAAGGACCCAGGGAGCUUUCACAUCCCUUGUGCCAUAGGAGACACAACGAUUGAAAGGAGACUUUGUGACCUGGGAGCUAGCAUUAACUUAAUGCCCUUAUCCCUCAUGAAAAAGCUACAUAUUAAUGAGAUAAGACCCACAGAUGUGAUCCUACAACUGGCUAACAAGACUCGAAAAUGA